CCAUUUUAAGUGAAUGAGUUUCAUUUCACAUCGCAACUGUAGGACGGAGAACCUCAGGAACGUUUUCAACCUGUUUCUCUUUUAAACUGUUAGUGGGGAAUUGACUACUAUGAACUGAAUCUCUUCCUAAAACCAAUCAACAAGUAGAUCAAAGUCAAGUAACGCAUAAGACAGUUGAUUUUUUGCACUGAAUGUAGUACGUUAGAGGAAAUGGCUGUGGAAAGCAUGACUGUCCAUCCAAACUCCCCAACAGCCAACCACGAACACAACAGCCUUCUCACUGACGAAAGGCAAGAAGAUGGGGAACUGGAAGAAGGCGAGUUGGAGGAUGAUGGCGGAGAGGCAGAGGUGCCCAGCGGUGAGGGAGCUGAUCCCCAGGAUAAACCUCGCCACAGCAAAGAACGCCAUGUCAGUGAAUCGGAUGAUGAAAAGUCACAUCGGCGGAGGAGAAAGAGAAAGAGGGAGAGAGAGCGUGAAAAAGAGAAAAGGAGGGCCAAGAAAAAGCGUAAAUCUAAGCACAAGCGGCACGCUUCCUCCAGCGAUGACCACUCAGACUACAGUGAUGAUUCAGAUUACAGUCCCAGUGAAAAGAGGAAGUACAGGGAAUACAGCCCUCAGUAUCCUCCCACUUCUCAAGGAGGGUACCCUCCUGCUUCCUCUGCUCAUGGAGGUCCCAUCCCAAAGAAAGGCGGAUAUAUGAAGAUGGACAAGCAGGGCUAUGGUGGCUAUGAUGACUAUGAGGAGGAAACAUAUGAAGGUGAAGAGGAUGAGGAAGUGGGUGAUGAUGACUAUGAUGAUUUCACCAAGGAAUUAAAUCAGUACCGCAAGGCCAAAGAGGUUGGAGGGGGUCCUCGUGGCAGAGGUGGCAAAAACCGCAUGAAGAACCAGAGAGGUCGAGGGAGAGGAAUGAGAGGACGUGGUGGGCGAGGAGGCAGCAGAGGACGAGGACGGGGCAAAAUGGGAGGAGAGAAUGAUGAUGGUGAUGGCAUGUAUGGAGAUGAGAUGGAGUAUGGAGAGGAUGACUAUGAAAACAUGGGAGACGAUGACUAUGAUGACUAUUCAAAAGAACUAAACCAGUACAGGAAAUCAAAGGACAGAGGGCGGGGUGCGAAAGGUGGACGAGGUCGCGGGAGAGGGAAAGGAGGUCGAGGAAUGAACCGGGGCAGAGGGAGAAAUCGAGGGAGAGGCCGUGGAGGAGACCAAGGUCCUGAUGAAGAUAACAACGGAGAAAUGGACUUGGGAGAUGGAUCUGGAGGCCCGAGGAGACAUGAGCAGGAGAAACAUGGGCCAGACAAGAAGGGGAAAGCCAUCUGUAAAUACUAUAUUGAGGGCCGCUGUACUUGGGGUGACCACUGUAACUUUAGCCAUGACAUUGAGCUGCCUAAGAAGAAGGAACUCUGCAAGUUUUACAUCACUGGUUUCUGUGCACGAGCAGAAAACUGUCCCUACAUGCAUGGUGAUUUCCCUUGCAAGUUGUUCCAUACCACAGGGAACUGUGUGAAUGGUGAAGAGUGCAUGUUCUCUCAUGACUCCCUAACAGAAGAUACUCAAGAGCUGCUGGAUAAGAUGCUGGCAGAGGAUGCAGAAGCUGGUGCAGAAGAUGAGAAAGAGGUUGAGGAAUUGAAAAAGCAAGGCAUUAACCCUCUUCCAAAACCACCCCCUGGUGUUGGUCUUCUCCCAACUCCACCAAGACCUUCUCCAGGGGAUUCUUCCACGCCUAUGGAAUUUGGAAUGCCUGUUGCCCCACAUGGUAAUAUUCCUCCAAGUGGUCCACCAGCUCCAGGCCCUGGUGCUGGCCCAGGUCCUGGUCCUGGAGUUGGGCCCUGCCCAGGCCCUCCUCCUCCUCCCUGCCCAGAUGGAGGCACCUUCCAAGGGCCUCUAAACCCCAACGGUCCUCCUCCGCCACCUAUGGGUCCACCACCUGCUUGUGGAGGAAAUGCUGGGAAGAAGAUCCCCUCCUUGUUUGAGAUUGUGGUGAAGCCCACAGGACAGCUAGCACAAAAACUUGGUGUCAGAGGACCAGGUCCUGCUAAUGCUGCUGCAAGUGUUGCUGGACCUCAGGGCCCUCCUGUAGGUCCUCCAGGUGCACCUCCACCUCGCUUUCCCUGUGUCCCGCCACCAGGACACAUAAUUCCAGGCAGUCCUCAUGAUAUGCCUCCUAUGGGCCCACCUAACAUGAAUCAAGGCCCUCCACCAGGACCGCCAAUGAUGCAGAAUUUUGGCCAGGUAGAAGGACCACCAAACGCGGGAAUGAUGCCUCAAGGUGGUGGAUCAUCUGGUAACAACUUCUAUGAUAACUUCUACCAGCAGCAGCAAGUCAUGUCAAUAGAUGGAGGUGGAAGAGAUGGUGACAACUUUCAAGGGGGAGGUGGUGGAAACUUCAAUGAUCAGUCACCUGGGAACCAGAACUCUGGAAAUGUAGAGGGUGCACCUAAUGUAGGCCCAUCUAAUCAGCCUGGGAUGGCAGUGCCAGAUUUCCUCCCCCCAGCACAGCGUGUGCUUUUUAUGAGGCUCCAGCAGAAACAGCAGGAAGAUGAGGAGAGAGCCAAGAGGCUUGCUGAAGGAGGAGGAACUGAGAGGGAGAAUGAAGGAGAUUCAGCAAACUGGUAUUCCAGUGAAGAUGAGGAUGGUGGUGGCAGUGUCACUUCCAUUCUCAAAACUUUACGCCAACAAACCCAGACCCAAGGCCCUGCCAAGCAGGAUGGAGCUCCAAGUGACCCUCGUCUACAAAAGUCUCAGCCCCCACUUCCACCCAGCCGACCAGCAGACCCCCGGCUGGCACGAGACCCGCGUCUCUCCCGGAACACAGACUCUCAGGCACCCGAGGCCAGUGCUUCAUCCGCCCUAUCUCCUACCCCUUCAGACCCUCGACUUGCCCGGCAUGCAGCCGCCCAUGCCCCUAAACCAGAGCCUCCACUUGUGUACAAACCUCCUCCAUUGACCGCCCCAGCCAGUAAUGAGGAAGAGGAGGGUGAGAGGAUGCUAAGGGACAAGCCUGUGCCCAUCCCUCUCGACCCUUUGAUGGGCAUGGCUUUGCGUGAUCCCCGCUCCCAACUACAGCAGUUCAGCCACAUUAAAAAGGAUGUAGUCCUGAACAAGCCUUUGUUUUCUAAGGCGGUGCUGUGGAGUCCUGAAGACCUCAUCCCUAUCCCCAUUCCCAAACAAGACUUGCUCCCACUGCCCCCUGGCAUCCCUCCAGUUACUGCCAUAGAUCCUCGUCUGUCUCGCACCCAGCCCCAGCACCACUCCGCUUCUCUUCCUUCUACUGCUCCUCCUGCUGAGCUAUCAAAUCAAUCCUCCUCUACCCUUCCAGACUUUGAGCUGCUCUCCCGAAUCCUCAAAACUGUCAACGCCACUUCAUCCAGCCCCACUCAAGGUGCUUCUACAGGAAUCUCGUCACCUCCGUCCAUCUCUGUUGAGAAACCUGUUGACCCUCGCAUGGCACGAAAAGCCCCUGCCGACCCCCGACUCCAGCCACAGAAAUCUGCCCUCAAGUCCACCUCUGAGCCACCUGCUCCUCAAGGAUCUCCCCCAGCCGCCUCCUUAUCUCCACCUUCCACCAGCCCCACCAUUGCACCCUAUGACCCUCGGCUGCUAUCGGCAGGAGGGUCCGUUAGAGGCGUGGGAGCUGGCGGUGCAGGUAGUGGUGGUGGCGGCGGCAGCAGCAGCAGCGUGCUGAGCGGCAUCAGUCUGUACGAUCCUCGGACUCAGGGCUCAGACAAGGCAGACGGUUCAGGGGCAACUAGAAACACUAGCCCCCCCCCUGAACCAAAGUCAAGCGAAAGUACAGCACCUUCAGCUAAGCCCAAAUCUAAAGAGCCGCUGUUUGUGCGCAAGUCUGCACUGGACCAGCCGGAACCAGAGAAGAGCUCGACGGAGCAGACUACGGAUCGCUACAACAGCUACAAUCGCCCUCGACCCAAACCGUCACCUUCGCCCAAUGCAGGGACAGCCACAGGGACCCCUGCUACAGGUGCUCCAACCACGGCUGGUCAGGGCCCUCCUGGUUCUGCGGAGCAGCCCGCGGGGGUCCACAACCUUCCUGUAUCCACACUGUUCUCCAUGGUAAAGCAGGCCAACAAACCAAGCGGCACCGGCAGCCCUUUUGGCGGCAAUAGCCCCGCCCAGCCUGACACGGCUGAACAGGACAAUGCCUCUCUAAAGGACGUUUUCAAAGGCUUUGACCCCACAGCGUCACCGUUUUGCCAGUGAACAGUGAACUCUACUGUGUUGUUGUGAGCUGCUUUAGGACUUUUAGGUGUGUGGCUUCACUGAGACCUGAUAUAUAAAGUUAUUCACCCCUGCCAGCCCAGAUUACACUCCACAGUAUUCACAUAUAUAUUUCUAUUGGACGGUUGGGAUUGGGAGGGAUGAAGUCUGUAGUAGUGAGGGAAAGAUAAAAACGAAAUGUCUAUUUUAAAAAACCAAAUAAGAAACGUUUAAAUAAAUGUCAUUUUAAGGACCUCUAAGGGUGUGUACAUCAGGAGACACUGAAUUACAUUAAUUUUGGCAUUGUAAAGACAAUUUCAUCAGCCUACACCAAACAGGUUUGUUGGAUUAUGACCCAUUAACCCCACCACAUCAUCUGGCAGCAGGGAGACUUCAUUUACUGCCACUCCCUCUGCCUCCUGAGGUGGAACUGAACUAGUUCCUGUUGCUCAUUGGCACUUUUCAGUUGGUUCCCACCAGUGAUUUAGAUCCUUUUAAGAAAUUUUAGCUACAUUUCUUCUGCUUAGACUAGUUGGCUCCUUUUUCAUGUCUGUAUGGAUGCCCCUUAUAUUCCUAUUGUUUCAAAUUCGUGUUUAGUCUGUUGGUGCCACUUCACAGAUCAGACCUACUGUUAUACUUGUUUGUCACAUGUGAGAUCAUUUUUAUUUAUUUUUUAUACUUAAGCAGUCUGCUAUUUUUUUCUUUGUAACAUGGCUGUCAAAUUGAACCAUUUUAUGAAUGUGUAUAUAUAUAUAUAUAUAAAUAUAAAUAUAUACAUGUGUAUAGUACAUAUUCUUUGCAUCUGGUUUGUAAAUUAACUUGAAUUGCUCAGCAGCUAAUGUUGAGGGGAAAAUUUAUCAUGUCUUUCUUUUGUUCUCUCACAGUUCUGUCAGUCUUUCCCUGAAACGUGGUAGGUCUUAUUGACUGCUCUGAAGUAUCUGGGUUUUUGUUUUUGGGUUGCCUCUCUGCAAAAUGUCAGCUUUGUAAAUUGAAACGUGUCCGUAUUUGACAAAAGGUAACCAUUUUGUAACCAUUCAUUGUAGGUGAAAUUGUGAAGUAUUUAAUAAAGGCAAUACCAGAUUGAAACCUA